CCCGACCAACUUCGAGAUUCGAUCGUGGUUGAUCAUCUCUCAACAACAACUAUCUCGCGACUCAACAGUCUCAAUCAGGUCAAACGUUCAAUAUGGCGCCAGCUGCACCGAUACCCAUGUAUGGCAAAGACGAAAGAGCGCUUUGCUUCCAUCACGAACUACUCUAUGAAGCAAAAGUGCUCGACUCCCGACACACCGACCAAAAUGACAAGAAAUCACCCUACGAGUACAAGGUUCACUACAAGGGCUGGAAGAACACCUGGGACGACUGGGUGCCUCAAGAUCGCCUGCGCAAGUACAAUGACGAGAACCUUGAGCUCUCGAAGAACUUGAGGCAAGAAAUGAAUGCACAGCGCAGAGCGGCCGCAAAGCCCAUGACUGCGACCGUUACCAGAAAGCGCGAUCUCAACACUGGAUCUGCUAGAGGCAGCGAGGAAAGAACAGCCCCUGCUACUGCUGCACCAUCGAGGGGAACCAAACGUGGUAGAGAGUUUGAGGGUAUCGACAAGGAGGAUGAAUUUCUCCGUCGACCGUCGAUUAAGAUCUUCAUGCCCGACAGUCUCAAGGCCAUCCUUGUUGAUGAUUGGGAGAAGGUCACCAGAGAGAACAGAUUGGUCCCGCUUCCUUCCAAGACUCCAGUCGCGCAAUUCCUUGCAGACUACGCUGCAUCCGAGGGUCUCAAGCGCAGAGAGGGCAGUGCUGAAGCAGAUAUCCUUGAGGAGGUGAUUGCUGGUGUCAAGGAGUACUUCAAUAAGAGUAUAGGCCGUAUUCUGCUGUACCGUUUCGAGCGUCCUCAGUGGUCAGACAUCCAUGCGCAGCUCAACAAGGGCACCGGAGAUCUGACAGGCAAGCUCCCAACGGACAUCUACGGAGUCGAGCAUCUUUGCCGUCUGUUUGUCUCCAUGCCUGAUCUGAUUGCGCACACCAACAUGGAUUCUCAAGCCGUGAGCCGUCUUCGCGAGGAAUUGCACAAGAUGACUCAAUGGCUCAGCAAGAAUGCAGGCAACUACCUGUCUCAGGAAUACGAGCAACCUACUCAAGAUUAUAUUGACCGUGUCAAGUAGUGCUAGGCGACGGAACAAAAGGGCUUUUUGCAUCAAGCGAUGGCGUGAAGGAGGGGGUUUGGGAAUAACCACAUUGGUGACUACACCACACGGCGUUCGGGAUCGGAUUCUGAACAUUAUCACUGGCGUUAUUGAUAUUAUCAUACGUUUUCCUUUUUCCAUAUUCGAAGAUGGUCUCAAAGCUAUUGCGUUGUCGAUCUUGAACCGGGUCAGGGCUUCCAAUCGUUCUAGGUUCUUCCACUCGCCGGU